UAUCAUCAUAUGUUAAGGCGAGCGCAUUUGAAUCUUUUCCAUUCGAAAAAGUAUGUACGUGUAAACAUUCAUUCCAUUCGAUAAUGGAAUGAAUGAAAAAGUAGACGUUCCCAGAAUUUUAUUUCAAAGAAAACUUGGAGGGCCAUAAGCCCUAAAGGAGACAUGGAUCAAACGCAAAGACGGAAGAAGUCGGUACCAUUAUUCAUGAAGAAGUUCUACGAUGGCCAAACACGACCAAACAUGAUAUUCUCCGUCAUUGGCGACUCUGAAAACUUUAUUCCAAAGCCUUGGUCCAAGUCUCGUUUUCAGGAGGCUUUGAUAUAUGCGGCUAAAGCAACGGGAGGGAGCUGGAUACUAACCAAUGGAGAACCCUUAAAAGUCUCCAAAACAAUUCAUGAGAUGAUGGAGGAAUACGUGUAUUUAGCCGCGAGCAACAAGAAGUCAGCAAUUCGCCUGAUAUCCAUUCCCUCUAGAGCAGUGGAGGACACUAGCCUGUACUUUGAUUUGCCGGAGGCUUUUGAAGAAGACAACAGUUCUUCUAAAUCCAAAGAUGAUGAGGUUUUCAUGACUUUUUUCGAAGGCAAAGAGUUAUCGGACGUGGAUUAUAUUGAACACAGAUUUGCAAUAGAGAAAACAUUGGAGAAACCGAAGCCGGGAGAGAAGAAUGCCUUGGUGAUAAUACUCGUGGAAGGAGAAUUGUCAGCUGUGGAACACGUCAAAUUGGCGACAAAGAAUGGAACACCUGUCGUUGUUGUCAAGGGAACAGGCGGGGCAGCAGAUUUACUGGCUACAUAUCUGGACCUAGUAAAGAAACAAAAGAAGAUACGAUUGACGACGUUAAUUCCAACGUUAUUCGGGAUAAAGCUCGACGAAGGCGAGAUGACUGAUCUUUCACAGAGUCUCAAAUUCAUCGGAAAAAGGCAUGACCUGGUAAAUGUAUUUGACCUUCAUGAAAAGAAUGAAGAACAAUUUGCAGCGACUGUCGGAGAGGUGGUGCACAUCGCCUGGUCACUUGAAGACACCGAUCAUUGGGAAGAUGACGAUGACGAUGCCGGCGCACUUGGGCAUACACUUAAGCCAGACAUGAACACAAGUAUUAGGAUCAGAAAGAGCACUUACAUGAAGCCAGAGAACUGGAAACAGCUGACGGAAUCGUGGAACAUGGCUGAUGCACACGAGGCAUUGUCAUCAACCACCUUCUCCUCGCCGUUGUCACUUCCUCUUGAUCUAUUCUUUCGAUAUUCUAAGUUUUUAAAACAACGAAAAUACUACCCGUCAACAGAAGAUGAACCAAACGAGGCACAGGAGUUGCUCAUGGUCGCUUUAAGUGCUAACAGGACAGAUUAUGUGGGAGUUCUUCUGGAUUUGAACGUCAAUCUUUCAAUAGAGCAGAUAAACAAGCUUUAUAAGUCACAAUUCCAAAUAACCGAGAAAGGCAGUCAAAAGGAAAGCUAUACAGGAAUGCACUGGGUUUUGAAGGAAGCAAUUGGACGAAAACGCUCAACUGAUCUGUGUGAUGGAGAAAACUCGCAUGAUCAUGCGCUCAAAAUAUGUCGUAAAGUUUUGAAGUAUCAUAAAACGGAGGACCCACGACUGUCUGCAAACUGCAGGACUAACAGACGAAAGGAAUAUCUUCGACGCCAGAUUUUCUUGCAGGCAAUUUUGCUAUGGUGUCUUGUAGCAAACAGAACGCAUAUAGCUACGUUAGUUUGGAGACGAGUGGCCAAUCAACUGUAUACUGGACUUGUAAGUGCGUUGGUUCUCAAAAAGAUGUCCUCCAUAGCACGAGUGCAAGACAGGAAAACAGCUGAGAAUCUGGAAAACCACUCAAAGAUGUUCAUAAAACGGGUGUUGAAUAUGAUGGAUGCCCUUUAUGAGACGGACAGAAAAGUGUCAUUCAAAGUUCUGAAUAGCUUGGAAACUGUUUGGGAAAUUCAGGCAAGGCCGAUCUCGUUUGCACACGAAUUCCAGAUGUAUGAUAUCAUAGCACAUCCAUGCUCGGUUGGAUUGAUGGAGAAACAAUGGUACAAUGGCUUGACACCAAACUGUAAACGAUACAUUUCCAAGGACCUCUGGAAGCACCCAUGCACGGCUAUGAACGCACCAUGUUUCCAUUUUGUUUUACACUACAUCGUGUUUGGCGUGGCCAUUCUGCUAUACAGCUAUUUCCUGUUGACGAAUGUGAUGUACUUCAGAAACAUGUCUUUCUUCCCACGAUUGUGCGAAGUAUUUCUAUAUCUUUGGACGGUCCUCGACUUCCUUCACGAUGUGAAAAACGUUUUGGUGAUUUCCAUGUUGGAACGUGUAACAUACAUGAGAGUAAAAACAAGAAGAAAAUCUCGGUAUCGAUUUCGGGCUCGCAUGAACGACUUGUGGAAGUUUUUGGGACUGGUCUGUUUUGUUCUGGUAGGAUGUACGUUAUUAUCACGACAGAAAUCCACCAACGAUUUUCUAAUGAUCACACGAUUUGCUGGCCUUCUCCUGAUAUUCUCAUACAUGCGCUACAUGCGUGUGUUUGUCCUCAACCGCUACACCGGAACGACGUUUAUAUUCCUAAAACAUAUGAUCGUGCACUUGCUGCAGUUCUGUUCGAUGACAAUAUUCUUUGUGUUGGGUGUUGGCACUUUCUAUCACGCCAUCCUGCAUCAACGUUGUCCAGACUUGUUUUCUGGGAGUUUUUACCAUUGGCACAUCUGGUUUAUCUUUUAUUACCCCUACUACCAAUUCUUUGGAGAAACAUUUGAAGAGAAGAUGGGCAUAGAUGUAGGUAAUGCAGAGAUUGAUUGGAGUGUGAAGACCGCAAUAGCAAUCUACAUGCUGGUAGCAAAUGUUCUAAUCGUCAAUGUCAGUAUUGCAAUUUUCACGACAAAGUAUGAGGAAGUAGCAAAAGAGGCGGAACUCAUGUGGCAAUAUGAGAGAUACCACAUCGUAGAGGAUUUCAAAAACAGGAUGUUUGCCCAUCUCGAUUUUGUCUUCUUCCCAAUACUCAUGGUGUAUAAAUGUAUACAAAAGUGCAAAAAAGAAGCAAAUGUAAAAGAACGAUUCAGGAAAAUACGCCAUCGCCAGAUUCUUGAGUACAUCAUGGCCGGCCGAUCGUUGAAAAGUGUGUGAAAAGAAAACUAACCCCCUUGACAAAUUGAACGUGAUUGCGCUCUUCUUGUUUAAUCUAGUCAUUUUUACUUCUUUAUGGUAAACAUGAAGGGACUAAUGGAAAUAGUAUCUUUAUAAAACACCAGUGGUGUGAAUCCACAAUAUCCCUUUUCCGGUAAAUCCAGCAGGAUUGUUUGACUGUUUUUUUUUCUACUUUAGCAUCAAGAAAUCAUUGAUAGCUUGUCAAAAUAGUAUGGUAAAAUAUCGAUGUACUUUGCAGUCUAUCGAAGAAAUAAAUUUCGUUUUUUUCUUCUAAAUUCUUGAGGGUAGAGACUGCAACUCAUCACGCUGACGUGAAGGAUUGGAAUUCAUAUCUCCAUGAACUUUCUAAAAUGAAAUUUCUUUUUUCUUGUCUUUUUUGACAACUCAUUUUGGCCGGGUUGCGCAACGUGCAUCCGGCUUAUAGAAUGGUGAAUGGAGGAUGGGUUGGCGGGCGGGUGUUCCUGUAAUAGGGGACUUACUUUGUGUAAUCAACUCUUCUAACAUCUCUAACCCAAACUGUGUGCAGUUGUUAUGAUAUACUGAAGAUGUGCAUUUGUCGUUUUAAAAGUGAUCCGACAUUUUUUAAAAAUUAUUUUAUUUGUAUUUUUUUCGUAUUUUUUAUUAGUCUGAUUUUCACUACUUUCACUUACAUUUGCACUAUGAUUUACAUUAUGGAUAUAGAAUAAGCGUACGGUGGGAAAGCAUAUAUCCACGCAUUUAAUUAUUUCCUUUCGAUAAUUAAUAUCUAUUCGUAUAAUAUACCUCUCGUCUUUGCUCGAUAAAAUCUUCCACGACGCAAAGUAUUGAAAUAAACAAUAAUGUGAAAAGAACAAGAUCCCCCCCUCCCUGAAAUUUAAAAUUCAACUCUGCAACCCAUUUUAAGCAAGAUAUUUGAUUGCAGGUAUCUCUAUUUCAAUAUUCCAUUAUGUGUUUUAGGGAGUCGAUCGUAAUUAUACCUGCGUGAUACACAUGUUCUUGUAUGUUUUUCCGAGACAUUCUGACAUCCAUUAGACCAGUUUUCUAUGUAAAGCAAAAUAUAACACCAAAUCCCCAUCUACUCAAAGUAAACGUCCCACAUAAUGUGUUUUGUGUUAUUGGUUUUAAAUGCCUACUGUCAAUGUGGAGCACGGCAUAGAGCAAAAACUGAUAAGUAGCUGCAAUUUCUAAUUGUGCGUGUUGUAUAUUUUUGUUUGCACAAAUAAAUGAAUAUGUUUUUUUUCCUUUUACUGCAUGCAAGGUACAUUUAUUGUUAAUAAAUCUUUUAGAGAAAUUUU